AUGAGUAACAAUUCAACAUGCAUUCAACCAUCCAUGAUCACUUCCAGAGCUUUACCAGUCACUUACACCAUCCUUUGUAUUGUUGGUCUCUUUGGAAACUCACUCUCUCAGUGGGUAUUUUUGACAAAAAUAGGUAAGAAAACAUCAACACACAUCUACCUGGCACAUCUUGUGACUGCAAACUUACUUGUGUGCAGUGCCAUGCCUUUCAUGGGUAUCUAUUUUCUGAAAGGUUUCCAAUGGGAAUAUCAAUCUGCACAAUGCAGAGUGGUCAGUUUUCUGGGAACUUUAUCCAUGCAUGUAAGUAUGUUUGUCAGCCUCUUAAUUUUAAGUUGGAUUGCUGUAAGCCGCUAUGCUACUUUAAUGAAAAAGGAUUCCACGCAAGAGACCACUUCAUGCUAUGAGAAAAUAUUUUAUGGCCACUUACUAAAAAAAUUUCGCCAGCCCAACUUUGCUAGAAAACUGUGCAUUUACAUAUGGGGAGUUGUACUGGGCAUAAUUAUUCCCAUUAUCAUAUACUACUCAGUUGUAGAAGCUACAGAAGGAGGAGAGAGCCAGUGCUACAAUCGGCAGAUGGAACAGGGAGCCACGACCUCUCAGAUUGCGGGUCUCAUUGGAACCACAUUCACUGGAUUUUCAUUUUUAGUAGUACUAACAUCGUACUACUCUUUUGUCAGCCAUCUGAGAAAAAUAAGGGCCUGUUCAUCCAUUACAGAGAAAGACUUGACUUACAAUUCUGUGAGAAGACAUCUUUUGGUCAUCCAGAUUCUACUAGUCAUUUGCUUUCUUCCAUAUAGUAUUUUUAAACCUAUUUUUUAUGUUCUGCAUAAAGGACAGGACUGUCUGCAAUUGAAUUAUUUAAUAGAAACAAAAAAUGUCCUCACCUGUCUUGCUUCAGCCAGAAGUAGCACCGACCCCAUUAUAUUCCUUCUCUUAGAUAAAACAUUCAAGAAGACACUAUAUAGUCUUUUUACAAAAUCUAAUUCACCAGAUAUACAACCAUAUAGUUGA